UCAAGGUGGUUUCCCUUCAUUUCAUCUGCAGAUACAGGAAUAGUUCAGUCUUUUGCAGUUACAGAGGAUUCCAGACCAGGAGAAGAAAAACAGCUCCAGAUGCCUCUCAAAGCCUCUGUGUCACUGCUCGUGCUGAUGUGUGUGUGCUGUGUGGAAGAAUGUGUGUGUUUCCCCAACGGCUCGGUGGCGUUCUCCUGUGGCAACAUGAUGCCAGUGCACCCGCCCUACGCCCCUUCCACCAGUAGCCCACCAUUCACACUGUCCACCUCUAGCGCCACCUACAGGCCUGGUGGCGUCAUUACAGUGACGGUGGAGGUGGUGAACAACAGCUCCACAGAGCUCCAGGGUUUCCUUUUACAGGCCAGGAGCAGAGAGGGACAAGCUCUGCUGUGGCCCGUAGGAAAGUUCACCAACAUUAACUCCACCCUGAUCACUGCACUGCACUGUAAAAACAUGGAGAACUCAACUGUUAGUCAGGCAUCAGGAGCCAAGAGGAAGAAGGUCCAGCUGAACUGGGAGGCACCUAGCAACAGUAACUACAGAGAUAUCUACUUCAGUGCCACUCUGGUCCAGGACUACACAACAUUCUGGGUUCAGCUGAACAGCAGCUCUCUGAGACUGGACACCAGUGGAAACUCUGCAGCUGGAGUCGUCUCCUCCUCAGCUCUGAUCUUCAUCAACCUGCUGGGUCUGUCUGCCUACUGCUGACACACACACACACACACACACACACACACACCUCUUGCAGAACAUGUAUCCAUAUAACUGACUGUUCCGGCUGUUGUUGGUGAAAAUGGAAACAGAAAUAAUUCUAACGUUUUUGGUGAACUUGAAAAUAAAC